AUGAUAUCAAUAACCAACUCAGCAACCCAUUCAAACGCGCCACAUCCUUCCCUCGGCAAUGCUCUGAUUCCUGCCGGAACGUCAACAGGCAAUGCUCAACUAGAAUGCCAACGAAACCCACUGUCCCCCGCCCUCUGCGAUCCAGGGAGCAACUUUCUCCAGCAAUACAACCAGUGUCAGUCAUGCAUCGAAGAGAACAGCAACAAUCCGGAGCUGAUCAAGGCAAGUCUGGCGAUGAGGUUCAUGAAGUGUACCGGGUAUUGCAAGUUACAAGCAAGCACCAGUGCGCCUUCGUCAGCAACUCAAACGGAAAUUCCGACUGCCGGACAAGAUGGAGAUUUGUUUACGACAGCAACAACGAAGACUUCCAGCACUUCUUCCACUUCUGCUAUACAAACGAUGAUAUCAACGAGUGCAAAUGUGGACUACAAAGCGGAGACAACCACUUCCACGUUACCUGCAACAUCAAAGCCAACAACAUCACCGGCAAUGAACAACCCACCCACCUUACCUACAACAUUCACUUCCGCUCCCCAAUCUACUUUUACCCCCCCUUCCUCUUCUUCCUCGUCGUUAUCAUCAUCAACCCCCACAUCCCUCACCACCAUCCUCGACACCACCACACAAACCCAGAUAUCAUCACUCACCUCCCCCACGGACAAAAGUCUUAUAAAUUCCACUUUACUACCUCUACAACCAAGCUCUGAUAUCACUAGUACCAACAACAACACCAAAACCGCCCCGUGGGUCUGGGUCAUCGUCGGCAUAACCAUCACCGUCGUCUUUCUCCUUUCCAGCGGGAGUUUCUUCUUCUUUUACAAGAAGGGGAGAUCGAAACGGGGCUUGACCAGACAUGAGGGAAUGAAGGGGAUGGUGGAGUUGAAGGAGACGACGGUGGGGAGCCAUGGGUUUGUUGAUGGGUGGAGUGAUGCGGCUUCUUUGAGGACGGGGACGACCAGGGCUGGGAUAAUGAGGAGGGUCAUGGAUGAAGCGGGUGGACCUGGUAGUAAUGUGAUGGAAUUGGAAGGCAGUGGCAGUGGCAGUGGCAGUGGCAGUGGUGGAGGGAGGGGUGUUGGGGGAAUAGGAACUACUAAGGGGAAUGGGAAUGGGAAUGUACCGCCGGUUGAGAUGCCGAGUUGUGGGAAUGGGUUUGCGGAGUUGCCUACGGAGUUUAAUCGGAGGGGCCCGGGGGAGGAGGUGGUGGUGGUGAAGUGA